UCACAAAACAGUUUUUGGGGUUUUGGGGGUAAUCCUAACUGACUGUCUUUCUUCAGUAUAAGGGAUCAGGUGGUCCCUGAGAUAUCCUGCACCCAAGUUGUUAAGGGCCUUGCAAAUUAAUGCAAGCACCUUGACUCUGGCCUGGCAGCAUAUGGACAACCACUGCAGGCUUUUGAGCGCUGGAAUUAUGAGCGGGCAAUUGUCUCCAUCAACAGUCUGACGCGCAGCGAAAAUUAAUAAUGCAGAAUUUUAAAGAAUAAGCGCUUUACUGAGUUAAAAUAAACUUCUUCAUAAACAACAUGGUUCCACACAGUUUGACUGAGAUUAUAUACUGCUCACAACUGAGGCAGCCUGACUCUGAUUGAAAUCUUGCAGAGAACACACAGAAAAUGGCUGCUAAGUCACACGUCAGAGUGACUCAACACUUAAAAGUUGGGCCUGAAUAACUUUAGCAGGCCCUCUGCAACCGUUUAAGCUUUUUGAUCAGCCAUUUUAAAGAUCAUUUUGUACCAUUCUCAUGGUGCUUUACGUUUUAUUGUAUAUAUUGCUGUAUAUAUCCUUGUUAUAUUGAAAGAGUUGACAAUAUAUAAAUCUUUAUUGUUAAUGGUAGCCAGCCCACAACGGAUUCAGGGCUAGGUGGACAUGAGUGUACAAUCAUUAUCACCAGGAUGUUUCUAUUACGAAGUUCUGUAACUGCCCCCUUCCCUUAUGGUAUAACAGAAGCCUUGCUAUGCUUGCAUUAAUUUGCAGAUAGCUCCAGUAAUAGAGAUAAGAAUCUACCAGCUUAGCAAAAUACUGUAAAUGUGACCUUUAGGGUCUGGAAAGCACUUAGGUAAUGUAAACUACAAGGUAUAACAGGAAGCUAGAGCGCUUGCCAAAAUCAUAUAUGAAACUGCAAAUACAAGGAAGGAAAAAGCACAAGAAUCUCCACAAAAUGGGGAGAAGACCAAUGAGAGCUUAGCAUGUUUGUCCAUGCAGGACUCUAACCAAUUAGGGAGGCUUAUAGGGAUCGGGCACAAACCCAGGUAUUUUUGCAAUGUGUAGAAGUAUCUGCUUCCCCCAACGCUUAGCACACAGGCUUUGUGAAAAUUACCCUGUGUCUUGAUUGAUGCAUCUCUCAAUAAACUGAAUACCUUUCAUCUCCUCAACUGGCUUUAAUGGGGGAAGUGGUGCCAGAGACCUUUUGGGGGGGCGGUUUACAUUAUUAUGAUUGUUUAUUAAAUUUGUAUACCUCCCUAUACCCACAGGUCUCAGGGCAGUUCACAGGAUAAAAUCACAACAUAAAAACAUGAAAUGCACAAUCAAAACAAAUACAAAAACAACCCAAUACCCCAUUCUACUUUCAUAAGUAAAUAUAAACACAUGAAAUAAUUACACAAAUAUGUAAAACUAACAUUCACUGCAACACAUGGAAGCUGCCCUCCUGAAUCAGACUACUCACUAAGUGUGAGACAUACAUAUUUUAGGACCCACUCUAGCUGACCUGGCACUGUAUAUGUGCAAAGCAUGAGCUCGUUUGCCAAGCUGCGGCCCAUGGUCCUCCUCAUUUCCCCUUCCCCACCACUUCAGAAUUCUCCACCUGCGAAUGGCAGCUGCAGCAUUUCCUCCUUGCAGGAGGCUGAAGAAAUAUUGCAGUCUGCAUCUUCAGCGACAUGUCUGUUCAUCAGCUGUGUUUACCCCCAUGGUUCUAUUUCCAGUGCUCAACUAUGAAAGGGAACGAAUGGAGGAGCAGAAGGCGCCAUUUCCAUAGCUACCAACAAAGCACUGACAGCAUGCAGUAAUGAAGAGGCCCCCUUUUUACCAAGGCACAGCUGUCAUUAGCAUUCAGCGCGGCAAGUCAAGAGACUCACUCACGAGGACAGGUGUGCACAAAGAGGAUGCACGUGUGUCUUAUGGUCAGGUGCAUCUUGUGGAGCGAAAAAUGCGGCUCAAGUUGGCCCGUCCAGCAGUAGCCCCAUUCCUCAAUGGAGUUUGAAACAGAGGUCCUCUCCUAGAUCAGACGCUGGAAGAGAAAGACCUGGAAAAAGCCCUCGCUCUGGAAAAAGACUGGUUGAAGAACUGAUUUGCACAGCAUGCCUUCUAUCGCCAGCCUUCCCAGCACUAAAGCGGAACUUCCACCCCAGGCGCAUGAUGGGUCCUUCCCAGUCCGCCUGCUGUGCAGGGUGUCCUGCGUGCAACUAGCUGCCUUUCUCCUGGCUGUCCUGGGCUGCCUAAUGAGCAUCUGCUCCACAUCUGCCAACCUUGACUGGAGAGUAUGGCAAGUGGACAAAAUCAUGGGCAGCAACCAGCAGGGCAUUGUGGGCAUUGGCAUCUGGGGUGCCUGUUCUGUAAGAAGAGUUACUAUGAAGAAAACCAACAUGAUAUGCAUACCAUUCAAUGAGGAGGAGUCCCUACCAGCAGAAAUCAUGGUGGCCCAGGACUUGAUGCCAAUGGCCUCAGUGGCCAAUGCGGUGACCGUUCUUUGGAUGGCCUUUGCUCUAUGCAACAUCUUUGAGCCAGGAAAAGAUGAAAAUUUCAUUGAUACCUUCUUUUCAACUGGAGGAAGGAUAGAGUUGGCAGCGGGUACUUGUGUACUGAUUCCCAUUGCAUGGAAUCUUCAUUCUGUAUUAUCAAACGAAGGAAUUCCGCUUCCGGAGGUUUUGGGAGUGCCUCCGAUUCCCACAGAACAACGUGCUGGAAUGGCCAUCUAUAUUGGGUUUCUUGCUGCAGCUUUGCAGCUUUUAAGCGGAACUCUGGCUCUGGGUGAAAAAUAUUUUUGGAAGAGGAGUGAAAUAAACACUUGCAAGCCAAAAUUUGUAAACGACCCAGAAAGUGUUACAGACACCGAAAACCCAAAGCUGAGGAUGAAAUGCAGACAGUACUUCUCUUCUGUGACACUUGAAUGUGAAGAAGAAAACCCCUCUAUCUGGCAAAGAUCUCAAAGUCAUAUUAAAAGGGAAACCAUGCCAGGCUCACUAGCAAUAUGGCUGAGGAAUGGUUCCCGUCCUGUGACUGGCUUUUUUUAACUGGAAGCACGGGACGUUGUGUAUAUUUAUUUUCUUAUGCAUAUUCUGUUGGUGGUUUUUUUUAAAUGAAUGCUUCUGGGAUACUUACAACAUAGGGUUAACUAUAAAUGGGGGGAAUAAAUUAAAAGUAUAAAACUGUUAUAUUUACCUUUAGAUAUUUAUGCUAUAUCUCUUUUAGCAAUA